AUGCAAACUGACUUCUUUAUCUAUGCUCCUUUAGCCGGCUUCACCCAAACCUUCUUCGAUCGCGUGUUCAAUCUGCUUUGGCAUCUCUCCUUACUCGACUUUGUCAAUCUACCUCAAAAUCUUCUUCACGACGAAAACGAGUACUAUCGAAAUGUUGUCGGUCAAAAUGAACCAGAUCUCUGGGACUUAUCGAAAAAUGUACCGGCUUUAUUGAUCAAUGGUGAACGUAUGUUGGACUUUCCACGGCCGCUUCCGAUUCAUAUCAGCUUCUCCGGAGAACUGGGAUUGAAAAAGUAUUCAUUCGAAAAUGACAAAUAUUUUCUAGCAGCAAAGAAAGUGGAUUUCGAUGAAAAUCUUCAGGCAAUCCUUCAGAAGCCCUCAAAAGGCUUGAUUGUCUUCUCUCUCGGCACCGUCUCAAACACAACAAAUAUGCCUCAGCAAAUGAUUAGCUCGUUUGUUGGUGCGUUCGCUAAGUUGAGCGAUUACACCAUCCUGUGGCGUAUGGAGGGUAAGGUAGACGAGGCGAUCUCACUGAAGCACGUUCACCUGCUCAAAUGGCUACCACAAAAGGAUAUUAUGAGUAAGACUUCUUAA